CCACUCCUGCUAAGAUGAAGAUCGUAUUGGUGCUCAGUGUGGUGGCGGUGGUGAGCAGUGAGCUUCCCCCAACACCCUUCAACCGCUUUUCUUCUCAACCAGUCCACCGCCGUCCCCCUCAAUCAUUCCAACGCCGUCCCCUUCAACCAUUCCAAAGGCCAUCCUUCGGUGGCGGCUUCCCAACUCAACCAAGGUUCCCGUCUCCACCCAGACCAGCUCCUCGGCCUAUUCCAUCUGACGUCCCGGUUGACGAGACCUCGGGCCGCAGUCAGUACUACUUCUCUUGGAGACACGACAAUAGAAGGAAGUACACUGGCGAUCAAGCCCAUAGUGUGUGCACAAGACUGGGCGGCGGGUGGCAGCCUAUUGGCAUCAGUUCCAGGGAAGAGAUCCAGUUAGUCAUUAGAGCUAUCGGCAGAGACAACGUGGAGUACAUCUGGACUGGUGGUGUGAGGUCGGGCAGAGGAUUUGUAUGGCUGAAUGGCGAGCCUUUCACUGUUGAUGACUGGUCACACACAGGAGGACUCGGCCGACCUCAGCCUGACAACCGAGAGAAUGGGAACGAGAACUGUCUGUCCGUCCUGAACAACAUCUACGGUGAUGGCAUCAAGUGGCACGACGUGGCCUGUCACCACCCGAAGGCUGUCAUCUGUGAGAAGCACAUAUAACUGUCUCUCCUCUCUCACACUCGAUCAUCCCUGUCAUCUGAGAUCGUGUGGGAGUGUGACUUCCUCCCGUGUUAGUCACUGCAGGAAGAUCAAUGUCUGAGCAUAAAGUAUGACGACUUAUCUUCCUACAAAAAGAAAAUGUAGUUGCAUACAUAUAUACUUUAAUAUUUUCUUCUCUGGCUUUCAAGUAAUUUAAAAUAUUUAUUUUUCAUAUAUUUCUGCUGUACUAAAAAAUUUACAUUAUCAAUACAAUAAUCAGCGGUCAA